AUGAACGACAUCUUCUCCCGGAUAGAGGUUUCUCGACAAGAAGGCAGAGCCCAGUCGGUUCGAUUGCGCCAGAAGCUCUUUCACUCAUUGCAUUCGGCCAUCAAGGCAUCCGAGAAAGCCAUCAAAGAAGCAGUUCAAGCCGAUACGGGGUACAACGACCACGAUGUCAACAUUGAGUACUCGUUGACAAUCUCGGAGCUACGGACGCACUAUGAAUCUUUGGACUUGCGUCGAGAAUUGGAUAGUCAGAAAGCAAUAGAGAACCUGGACGCCACGACCAGUGUAGGAAUUGUGUACAUCAUUCCCGCGAGAGGCAACCUGUUUUAUUCUAUUGUCUCUGCCCUUACGGCAGCUUUGGCUGCAGGGAACUGCAUCAUUCUCGAGUUGCCAACCACAUUGAGUCGAAUAUCUGGCCUUUUGCGCGAUCUGUUGACUUCAGCACUGGAUGCCGACAUCUUUGCGAUCAGCAACGUGAGACUCCCGAGUGAAGCGCUGUCGAGAUGCUACGUUCUGGAUCAGACAGAUGAUGGCGGGCCAACACUCAGCGACGAUGAAAGUGAGGAAAAGGACAAAUCUUCACCAAGGGUCGUCGCCAUCGUGGAUCGGACCGCCAACGUUCCCGAGGCUGCUCUAACCAUUGCUGCCGCACGAAUGGCUUUCAACGGCCAAGCUGCCUAUGCACCAGAGCUUGUUUUCGUGAACGAAUUCGUCGCCGACGAGUUCCUGCGCCACGCUUGUCAGGCCAUGAUGACGCCUGCGACGCCUGUGUUGAAACACAUGGGCACCGCAAGCCAACAUUCGCCGGCUAGACGGUCUGAUACAUAUGCUAAGACUUUGAAGGUCGUCUCGGACAGCGUUCAUCUGAAGAUGGUCAUGUCGGGCGACAGUGGCAGUGUCAUCGAGAUCACAGACUCCUUCCGCAAGUCUUUGCAAGCUUCGUACAUUUUCGCAGCAGCGGCUGAAGCGAACUACCUGUCUCGCUUCCUGGACGCACGCAUCUCAUGCAUCAAUCACAUUGCGACCGAGCUCCUAGGUAGGCCGAUCUACUCCGAAGUUGCUGCCCCAUCCCCUUUGUUCUGGACUGCACGAGCUUUGAGACUUGGAUCUGACCAAAAUCACAGUCGGGCCUCUCGCUCCUCAGCACCCAAGUAUUGGGCCAACUCCGUCUCCACGCUACUCCCCGGCGCUUUUCCGGUGUCCGCGCCGCCGAAUAGUCCAGACGUCAACUUUGAGCAACGCGGCCCGAGAGUCGGCACGAACCAAUUCAUUACGUGCACUUGA